UCCCUGUGUAGUCGCGCAUUAUUUUUCGAGGGGCGGCUGGCUUGACCAGGGUUUUGCAAAAGACGGCUCACUUGACCGCAGUAGGAGGAGGGAGAGUAGGGAGUGUAAUACAUGGACUACCACUUUGUGAACUGGUUUGACUCGUAGCGGGGCCUCUUAGCUCUACAAUGUAUUUAACUCACAGAAAAUAGACAUAAGCUGAGAGAAACAGGGGGGAAAGGCACGCGGACACACUGACACGUCGGGACAGGAAAGCUGCGGAAGAUGGGCGAACGCGCGGACACAACGUUUAACACCACUGGAUCCAAUUGGCUGCUGCCUGUCAGUGAACUCCUGAGAUUUCCUCUUGAUCAGGUGAAUUUCAUCGCAUGCCAGCUGUUCGCCCUAGUUGCAGCCUUCUGGUUUCGUCUCUACCUCAGUCCGGGCCAGGCCAAUCCCCUGGUCCGGCAUGCUGUGGCCACUCUCCUGGGCAUUGCCUUUCUCAUCUUCUCCUUUGGAUGGUACUCAGCUCACAUCCUGACAGUGGUGAUUGCAAGUUACUUGAUCAUCAUCAAAGCUGACAUUAACAAUGUACACAGUUAUACCAUGGUGACAGCUAUGGGCUACUUGACUGCAUGCCAAGUGAGCAGAGUCUUCAUCUUUAACUACGGGAUACUGUCCAUGGACUUCUCUGGGCCUCUGAUGAUAGUAACCCAGAAGAUCACCGCACUGGCCUUCCAGCUCCAUGAUGGUAUGAGUAAGAAAGCUGAACAUCUCACCCCAGAGCAGAGGCUGCUUUGUAUUAGAGUGCGGCCUUCUUUCAUCGAAUUCCUCAGUUACAAUCUGAACUUCCUGAGCAUCUUGGCGGGACCCUGCAAUGACUACAAGGACUACACAGACUUCAUUGAGGGCAGACACAUCAGCAGGAGGCUCAGGCAGCACUCUGGGACGUGCAACGGGCAGAACGGCUAUGACAAAAUCCCGGAUCCAUCGCCUGUGAAUGCCGUCUGUAAGAAAUUGCUGGUCUGCAGUGUCUGCAUGCUCCUCCACCUUACUGUGACUCGAGCCUUGCCCAUUGCCUACAACGUUGACCCCUUUUUUGUCAGCCAUGCCCCGUUCCUCACCAGACUCACCUACGCCUUCUUCUCCAUACAAGCAGCCAGAUACAAAUUCUACUUUGCCUGGACUUUAGCCGAAGCAGUGAACAACGCUGCAGGUUUUGGUUUCUUGGGAAUGGAUGAAAAUGGAAAGCCGUCUUGGGACCUCAUAUGCAAUCUUAACAUCAUGGGGAUUGAGACUGCAACAAGCUUCAAGACGUUCAUUGACAACUGGAACAUCCGAACAGGUGUCUGGCUCAAAACGGUGUGUUAUGACCGAGCCCCCAAGCACAGGUUGGCACUAACCUUUGUCCUGUCAGCGUUGUGGCACGGCGUUUAUCCGGGGUACUAUUUCACCUUCCUCACUGAUCCCAUCACCAUGGCAUCUCGAGCUGUGAAUAAGAAGUCUGUUCGUCAUCACUUCCUGGGCUUCAGAGGUUUGAAGCUGGGUUACGACAUCAUAACUUGGGCCGCCACUCUGGCUAUCUGCUACACUGUCAUGCCUUUUCUGCUUCUCGCAGUAGAGCCCACCUUGGUUUACUACAGGUCGAUGUUCUUCCACGUGCACAUCAUCAGCAUUCUGGCUGCAAUCGCCCUGCAUUGGAAACACAAACCCCGGGAACCCUCUGCUGAAACUGAACUGCCUCCCUCCUCUUCCCCUUCCCACUCGUCUUCGUGCUCAGCCGGGUGCCAGCCUGUUUACUCCAACAACAAUGACAAAGUAGACUAAUAAUGUCUCUUCACGGUUCUGUUAGCCGGCUCUCAGUCCUCUGUGUUCCCCCGAAAAGACAAGGAAAGAUCCCUCGAGGGCAUUCAGGCAACUGACAAUGGAAAAUAUUGUGUUAUUUAUUUUUCGGGGACACUUUAGAGUUAGGAGGAAAACUUUGACUAAACAAUAGGAUGCAGGAUAUGAGCCUUUUCUGCUGUACUUUAGGAUUCAGACAAUGCAUCAAUCUAAGCUCAACAAGCGGACUGGAAAAGAAACAUUAGCUAAACGGACCAUCUUUGGACGCUGACCCUGCUCAACUUUCCCUCUCUCCUGCCCCUCCUCACCCGUCCUACCACCAGCCUGCCCGCUUCAACAACAGUGCAACAGUGUGAAGAGAGACGAAGGAGGCUCACUUUCUUUCUUGUCCUUUAUCUACACUGUCCAACCGAAUGGUGGGGUCUAGCCAGCACAGUGGGAGAGCGGGGGAGCUGUUGAACAGCGGCACAAAUACCAGGACAUAAACGCAGAUAUACACACACACACACACACACACACACACACACACACACACCACACACACAAACUCAUGCAUGAACUGACAGAAAUUAGCAACAAAUAUGCACAUGCCCUGUUCUCGGCACGCUCGACUCGGUCACACUAUGACGCAUACAAAGGCUGCUCUUGUGUGGUGACAACAAAAGAGCUGCUAAUAGGAGGGAGAGCCCUGGUUUAUAUGGUGAAUGUGUGUGUGUGUGGUGUGUGUGUGGUGUGUUUGUGUUUGUGUUUCAUUUACCCUUUCUUACAACCCACCCACUUCUGGGGAGUGUGUUGGCAUUUUAUAUCACUGUUAGUUUGUUCUGACUGUUUGUAAGGAACACUUGAAAUAUCCGCUACAGCAUUGAAACACUCCUGUCUAAUAAAGUCUUUGAAUGCAGCGUAACGUCUCCUCCUGGUGAGGAGAUUUUGCUAUUCUGUCCAGCAAGUAAUCAAUUUAUUCUAGUUUUUAAAAAAUAUCCUAAACCUAGCUGAACCACUAUAAACAUGCUUAACUGGGGGAUAUACAACAACAAACUGUGCUCUUGUUCUGCAUGAAACAAGCACACAUGGUGGCUAACAGUUGAUGUUAUUAAUAUUUAAUGAGUGUAGUUGGCCCACUUUCCCCAUGAAAUCUCAUUGUAGCUGAAGCAGAACAGAGAAUAGUUCUGGUUUAACAUACUGGUACUUGUCAUGUGGAAGGUGCUGGAUACCUGUCAUUAUAAAGUAGAGUAACUGAACAAAAACUACAAUGAAACAGAUGAAAAAUAUGCAAAGUGUCACUUUCUGCACACUCAAGUUUAGGACUAAUCCAGGACUGUAUAAUCAUGUGUUUCCUAUCAUUUGGAGCACGGGUGCUACGUUUUUUCUGUGGAACACUGCGAGAACAAACACGUGUGCAAACUGUGAUUUGCUUCUGAGUAGCUGCAGGUUGAUGUAACAGAGACAUCUGCUGGUGUUCUUACUGUCUGAACUCUGCUUCAUGUUGGUGAUUGAACCUGCAAUGCUGCAGCAUCCUCAGUGCAACUCCAUAUAAACCACAAGCAGAAAGCAUGAUUUUACGCUCUAAAAUAUGACUCUCUCAUACUCUUUGAUAAAUCAGGGUGAUCCCAACAGUUGUAGACAAACUCUGCACAGUGAAAACAAAAGAUGUAAAGGUUUGGGAGCAUUAAGGGUUAUACAAUUUGCACAUAGAUUGGUUAUGAAUGAGGCUAACACUUGAGCUCUUUGUUAAUUAUAGUUUUGGUUAUGAUAAGGUCUGCUAACAAGCUCUAAUGCUAGAAAAUGAUCUUUUGCCGAUUGAAAAAAAAACAUGACUAUUUUUUUGCAGGACAUUAAUCCGUGAACAGGGAUCCACUUCACAGUCUCUGGUUUACAUGAUGUUGAUUUCUUUAAUAUUAACUACACUUUAACCUCUUACAGUUAAUGAAGCACCAGUAACACAUGCUUUAGAAAUCCCAGUCGUUUCUUUGCCAUCGGUCGAUUGUACCUGCAGUUGUACAGAACUAAAUGCUGAUUGUAACACGUAGAUGGUAAAAGGCUGUCUUCUCAGCGUGGCUUCUGGUUCAAACAUAGAGUUGUUUUUGUGAAGCAGAGCCCUGAUUGAUAAAUGGAACUGGCUAUAACCUGGGAUUUUUAUUCUUAUUUGAUUAAUAACAUAUUCAUGGCAGUGUACCCCUGCAUGUUGCUAAUGUGGAAAGAGUAGUUGAGUGGAGUCACCCAUGUAAAUUAUGAAUGUGUCAUCAGAAUGAGCAGCUAGCUGGAUGAUUUAAUACUGAUUAUGAUGUGUUUUUGUGUGAGUGUGUUUUAUAAUGUAUGUGUUAGUGGACUUACCAACUGUGAGCGUCACAGUAUGAGUGGGGUAUGACAUUUCUUAUUACUCUAUUUUAGUAUGUUUGUACAGAGGAAAAGGUGAGUCGAAUAAAAC